GUGUCUCGCAAUUCAUUUCCAGAGUAACUUUCGUGCCGCUCGGGUUGUUUUUGUGCGUCCGUCGCUCAUACACGCUCGUUACCGUUAAACGUUGCCGUACCCGUGACCGUAACCGCCUGACGCUCGUUGCCGCUCGCAGUUAGUAUUCGCCGCGUUCGCCGCAGCAGUAGCAACAAGAGGGCAUCGUCGCCAAAAACCCAAACACACACAAAACACAAAGAAAGCCUAACAAAACUAGCGGUAAACAAAAACCAAACACAAAACCCAGAUAUCAUCAGAGAUACAAUAUCUCUCGGAUACAGGAUAUACAUAUGGAAGUGUGCCAGUGAUUUUUUUAUGGUGUCCUCAGUGCCAAAACGAAAAGAAAAGUCCAAAGCCAUAUAAACAUCAACAAUAAUCGAAAAUAAACAACUGGAAUACUGAAAUAUCUCAGAGGUCUAUCUGCGGACGAAGAUAUAUCCGAAGUAUCUGCCUGGAUCUUGUUUCAAGUCCAUAUCGCCACUUGGAAUAACAGCAACGAUUUUGGUUCUAGUUUUGUUUGUUUUUUUUUCGAUUGAAGAACAACGGAGAAAAGGCCAAGACUAAGCGGGUAAGCUAAACAAAAAUCGGAAAACCAAACACACAAAAAAAAGAAAUUCGAAAAACGCAACACGGAUCACCGUAUACGGUUAACGGAAGACGGAGGCCGGACGGAGGAUACAGGAUAUAUAGGUGGAUAUAGCCGACGGCCAGUGGAUCCUCACAGCUUCAACGUGGCGCUCCAUUCGACCGAGGCCUUGAUGGCGGCCGGAUUCCUCAAAUCGGGCGAUUUGGGCCCCCAUCCGCACAGUUACGGGGGCCCGCAUCCCCACCAUUCGGUGCCCCACGGUCCCCUGCCGCCCGGAAUGCCGAUGCCAUCGCUGGGCCCCUUCGGCCUCCCACACGGACUGGAGGCCGUCGGGUUCUCCCAAGGUAUGUGGGGUGUAAACACAAGGAAACAACGUCGCGAACGUACCACAUUCACACGCGCCCAACUGGACGUCUUGGAGGCACUCUUUGGCAAGACCCGUUACCCCGACAUCUUCAUGCGGGAGGAAGUGGCCCUCAAAAUAAAUCUGCCAGAAUCCAGAGUACAGGUCUGGUUCAAAAAUCGCCGCGCCAAGUGCCGCCAGCAGUUGCAGCAACAACAGCAAUCGAACAGCCUGAGCAGCUCCAAGAACUCCAGUGGAAGCGGCAGCUGCAGCGGCGGUGGCAGCUCCUCCAACAACCGCUCCAACAGCAACAACAACAGCUCCUCGCAGAACAACAAGUCCGGCGGUGGCCAGCAGAAUAAGAGCCAGUCAAGCCAGUCCUCACAGGGCGUGGGCAGCGGAGGAGGCGGAGGUGGCAGCGGCGGCAAUGUUGGCGGCUCAUCCGGUUCCGGCAGCAGCAACUCGGCGGCUGCGGCGGCGGCAAAUGCCGCUGCGGCCGUGGCUGCCGCCCAGCAGUCGAUCAAGACGCAUCACAGUUCCUUCCUGAGCGCCGCCGCAGCAGCAGCUGCCAACAAUGCCAGCCAGUCAACCAGCAACAGCAGCCAGUCGAACAACGGCAAUCCCGGCGGCUCCACGCCGAACAGCUCCAGCAGCAGUAGUCAGACGGCAGGUGGCGGAGGGGGCGGCGGUAGCGCUAGCCACGCCCAUCUGUCGGCGGCAGCGGCGGCGGCGGCGCUGAAUGUGACGGCAGCCCAUCAGAACUCCAGUCCGCUGCUGCCGACGCCGGCCACGUCCGUGAGUCCCGUGAGCAUUGUUUGCAAAAAGGAGCACCUGACCGGAGGCUACGGCUCCGGCGGAGUAGGCUCUGGAUCUGGCGGAGGCCUGAACCUCGGUGGAGGCGUUGGCGGCGGCGUGGGCGGUGUUGGCGGCGUCGGUGGUGUUGGAGGCGUGGGCGGUCUGGGAGGCGUUGGCCAGGACCUGUUACGGUCGCCAUACGACCAGCUGAAGGACGCCGGCGGCGACAUCGGCGCCGGAGUGCACCAUCACCACAGCAUCUACGGAUCGGCGGCCGGCAGCAACCCCCGACUGUUGCAGCCCGGCGGCAACAUCACACCCAUGGACAGCAGCAGCAGUAUCACCACACCCUCGCCGCCCAUCACCCCGAUGUCUCCGCAGUCUGCGGCCGCAGCAGCGCACGCCGCCCAGUCGGCCCAGUCCGCCCACCACUCGGCCGCCCACUCGGCCGCCUACAUGUCCAAUCACGACUCGUACAACUUCUGGCACAACCAGUACCAGCAGUACCCCAACAACUACGCCCAGGCGCCCAGCUACUACUCCCAGAUGGAGUACUUCAGCAAUCAGAACCAGGUGAACUACAACAUGGGCCACUCCGGAUACACGGCCUCCAACUUCGGACUGUCGCCGUCGCCCUCGUUCACCGGCACCGUGUCCGCCCAGGCCUUCUCGCAGAACAGUCUCGACUACAUGUCCCCGCAGGACAAGUACGCGAAUAUGGUGUAGAAUCUACUGUUCCAGUACUGCAGCAACAGCAGCAGCAGCAAUACCAACAGCAACAGCAACAACAACAGCAGCGGGGGCAGUAACUCCGGAAGCGGCAGUGACAGUUCACCCAUCCUGGAGCAACAGAAUCUGCACCAUCACUACAACAUCCAGCACCAGCAUUCACACCAGCAUCAACAGCAUCUGCACCAGCAACACCCUCAGCAACAUCACCAGUUGCAGCACUCGAAUCUCCAGCAACAGCAGCAGCAGCAGAAUCUCCACCAUCAGCAGGAUCAGAAUCUGGAUUCUACUUUUGGGUAAAAUGGGUGCUACAGGUCACCCACCUGCAGAUACAUAUCCCCCUGCUACAUGGACAACCUUGAAUGUUUACAGCCCUCAGAUGCAGCUACCAAAAAUGCCAUUUGGUGGAAUUAGUGCUAAAUAUUCCUAAAAAAAAAAAAAAUAAUACUUGACGGGCGAGUUUCGAACCCUUUACUCUGCACGACUCUAAGAAUACUCCCUUCUUAGCACUGAAGCCACCAGAAGGCCUUUGAAGAGCAAACCCAAGACAUUAGGGCUGAUAUUUUUUUUUAAACUUUUUUUUUGUAGUUAACGAGAAUUUUUUUUUAACACUUAUACAUAGAAAACCCCUUAACAUAGAAGAGUGUAUAAAAUAUAGAAACGGAGGAGCGAAGUUACAAGUUUAUACAACCCAAGACAUAAACAUAAAUCUAAACUUAUAGGUAUUAUAGAUCUAGCAUAAGCAGCCAGGAUCAACGAAGUAAAUGAGUGAUAACAUAAAUAAAAAAAGUAUAAAAAAAUAUAAAAAAAUCCUUAAAACAUUUGUUAAAAUUCAAGCAGUAAGCUACAUGCAGCAAUGCAACUGCAUGGCGAAGAGAAAAAUUAAUAUAUAAGUGAAGCGAGAAAGGUGAGGAGGAGGAUUUUUAAAUGCAAUACGUAGACCAUUCCAUGGUACAGCCAGGGGGUUGGGGAGGAUCCGAAAACAGGGAGGGAUCCGAAUGAAAUAGAGCUGUUCGAAGACCCCGGGGGUGGUUAGAGAGAGCUCAGCAUAUCAUAAAGCUAAAAACUUAAUUCCAAUUUCAAGUUCUUUAAACCAAACUAAACAAAAAGAAGUUUCAAGUUCAAAUCAUCAUUUUGUCGUCUUUAUAUAUAUAUAUAUAAAAUAAAAACAAAAAUCGAUAUUUAUACAUAACAUUUAAAAAAUAUAUAUAGAGAAUACGACCCAAAAUCAGCUAAAAACGAAUUAACAUUUCAGACUUUAAAAGCAAAAAAUAAUAGAAGAAAGCAAAAGUAUUUAGCAAGUAAGCGAGAUGAUGAAAUUAAAAGCUAAAAUCUUCACAUACCCGAUCGAAGUAUAUAUAUAUAUAGAAAUAUAUAUAGGAAAUUUUAUUGAAAAUAAAAAAACGAUGCCAGAAUCCAAAAGAAGCAGACAGCAUGAAAAUAUUUAUAAAAUAAUUUAAACAUAAUUUUUAAAAAACGUGUACAAAAACCUAAAAAAAAUACAUGAGAAAUUCUUGGGAAAAUAUAUAUAUAUAUAUAUUAUUGAUAUAUAUGUGUGUAAAUGUUCUUCAUAAAGUACGCUAAAAGAUUUAUAAAUAUAUAUAUAACUAAUUAACGAAAAACUUUUGUAACAUUAAAACAAAAACACACAAGAGUUAGUUCAAUGGACGGUUUUCUUCACAUUUUUUGUUUAGUUUUAAUUUCAAUUUAAUUGUAAUUUAAGCUUAACAAUUUGUUUAAAAAACACUCAUACACAGCCACAGCCACACACACACCUAAACAAUUACACACACAGACACACUCAAGAAGAAAGGAAAAUGUAACGAAAUCGAAGAAUAUUUAGCAUUUAAUUCUCUAAAACUAAGAACUUUUUUUUUCUGCGGGUUAAAUUUUAAGCGAAAAACAAAAAGACGAUGGAAUGAGAAAAGAUCAGAAAAAAAUAAACAAAACUAGUUGAUAAUAUUUAAGAGCGGAUCCGUAUACAUAAAUGUAUGUAUCGCUAUAUACAUACACAUUCAGCGUAUAUAUAUGCACGAUCCCUAUAUAUAUAUUAUAAAUAAUUAUAUGCUAAUGUUUAAGCAAACUGGUUAAUUCUUUUUUUUUUUUAAUUAUAAAACCAAAAGAAAAACUAAAAUAAUUGUA